AUAGAUAGUGUAUUUCUUUCCGCGGUAUGCGUAUUUCUUCUUAUUUUGUUGCUAAUCGCGAAACAGCGCCGCCGAUGGACGACGGACCGGCCUACUGCUCUUCUGUCUGUCAGUCUGUCUGUCUUGUGGAUCAGAGCACAUUCACAUUACACAUGCUAGCUGCUGCAUCGUCGGUGAUGCAUCUGUUACGCAAAGAGUGAAUUCCUGUGAGUGUGUGUCUUUAUCGUUUGAAAUGCUGCAGGACUGCUCGGCCACGUCGUAAAUCGGUCCCCCUAAAGGUGGGCGCAACAAGCGAGGCGAUUUUUGUAGUCAAGAAGUGUGCCCGUCUAGUGUUCAUCGCCAGCCAGUGUUGUCAGCAAAGGGGGAAGGGAUAAAAGAGUGAAGGUGUGCGUGUGUGUGCGUGUAGCGCGCGUGCAUCAUCCGUUCGAACCGCGCGCGGACAAACAAAGGAAAGUGCUCCCGAAGUGUCGAUACUGUAGAGGCAUCCCUUCCGGCCAACCCACCCAACCCGAAACAUCCUCCAGCAUUGGAAUCAUCGCUCGUGUGCGUUCUCAAUUAUACUGGAACGGAAACUACCCCCCCCCCCAGUCCACCCCAGGAGGGCGUACACGUUCGUUCGCCUUUGCAACAGUGGAUUGAAUCUCCAUCAUCGCACACAUAUGCUCUCCUAGUGAGUCUCCCUUAUUUCCGUGGUCGGUUCGCGUUUCCCUUGAACCCUGCUGCCGAUCGGAGUAGUCGUCGGUCGGUUGUUUGUGUGUUGGUUGGUUGGAUGGUUGGUGGGUGCGCUAUCGCUGUGUGUGACGGUUGUUGCGCCUCUUUGUUGGACCGCGGGCGAGACGGCUCUAGUGCGUAGUUCCUUAGCUCGGUGGCCUGCCCACUGGAUGCAGAAUAUUAGUGUCUAGAUUUCGUGUGUGAUCGCGGGAGCAAAAGGACGCGAGAGGCGAUAAAAGCAGACGACACCCGCGUGAACAGUGUUGGUAAGAAAACGUUCGUUGCCGUGGUGAAAAGCGCAAGGCUAACUGGCAACAACGACGUUCCAGACGAAGUUCCGCAGGAGGUGAGAUUCCUACAACCACGGACGAAGACGGCGCGGAACGGGGAAAGGGAGAAAAGCUCCGGCAAGGAGCCAAACGGCAAGAUGAACCACAGUCAGCUGGUUCGCAACCGAUUCGAGAAAUCGUGCAUUAUCCCGGAUGAUGAGAUCUCACGGAAGCUACCAAAAGAAAUAUUACUUCGCAUUUUAUCAUACCUUGACGUUACUUCGCUUUGCCGCUGUGGCCAGGUUUCCCGGUACUGGAAUAUGCUAGCACUGGACGGUUCCAACUGGCAAAAGAUAGAUCUUUUCGAUUUCCAACGAGACAUUGAGGGUCCGGUGAUCGAAAACAUUUCCCAGCGAUGUGGCGGCUUUCUCAAGUAUCUGCGACUGCGCGGAUGCCAAUCGGUCGGCAGCCACUCGAUCCGCACCCUAGCCAACUACUGCCAUAACAUCGAGCAUCUCGAUCUGUCCGAGUGCAAGAAGAUCAGCGACGUUGCCAUACAGCAGCUCAGCAGGAACUGCGCCAAGCUGACCGCCAUCAAUCUGGAAUCGUGCUCGCAGAUAUCCGAUACUAGCAUUAAGGCACUCUCCGACGGGUGUCCGAAUUUGACCGAAAUCAACGUGUCCUGGUGCAAUCUGAUCACGGAGAACGGGGUGGAAGCACUGGCGAGGGGCUGCAAUAAGAUUAAAAAGUUUAGCAGUAAAGGAUGCAAACAGGUGAACGAUAGGGCCGUUAUCUCGCUUGCCAUAUACUGUCCAGGAAUAGAAGUUUUAAAUCUACAUAGUUGUGAUAGCAUAACGGAUGCCUCGAUAUCGAAGAUCGCGGAAAAGUGCUGCAAUCUGAAGCAGCUGUGCGUGUCGAAGUGUACCGAGCUUACCGAUCAGUCCCUCACUGCCCUAGCGAUGAAUAAUCAGUAUCUCAACACGCUCGAGGUGGCCGGUUGCGCACAAUUUACCGACAGUGGCUUCAUCGCUCUGGCGAAGAACUGUAAAUAUCUGGAGCGUAUGGAUCUGGAAGAAUGUAGCCUGAUCACGGACGCCACCCUGCAGAACCUGGCGUUAGGAUGUCCUAGUCUGGAGAAACUGACUUUAUCGCACUGCGAACUAAUAACGGACGAAGGCAUCCGACAGCUGGCCGGUGGUGGUUGUGCGGCCGAAAGCCUCUCCGUCCUCGAGCUCGACAACUGUCCAUUGAUCACCGACGCCACGCUGGAGCAUCUAAUAUCCUGUCACAAUCUACAGCGGAUAGAGCUGUACGACUGCCAACUCAUCUCGCGGAACGCUAUCCGUCGUUUACGGAAUCACCUUCCGAACAUAAAGGUGCACGCUUACUUUGCACCGGUCACACCGCCACCAACAAUCAACGGUCCGCGCCCGAGGUACUGCCGUUGUUGCGAGAUUCUCUGAGAUCAGGCGAUUGGCUUAGCCAGAAAAGUGCUCUGUAGGAGUAGAGACGACUGAUACUUAUACUUGUAACCGUAAAACCCCCUUCAGCAGCAAACCCACAUACAACAAUCGUCACACCAACACGUCAAAAACGAGCAUCAUCACCGCGGGCAGCUGAUGAUCCCCCCAUCCCCCCAUUCGUCAUUCGGACAGCUGAUUUACAAGGCUCUAACAAUUGGCUUGCAGGGCCUGGGACUGAACAACAAACUGAAACAAACCUUUUGCGCCGUGUUGAGAUCGGUUUUAGUGGCAACGCACACAAGGUUUUAAGAUUGUGCGGCUUGCUUUACCGGUGGCACGAACACACAUUUUACUAUGAAAAAGGAGCAUAUGGAUGAACUGUGGGUCGCAAACUAGCUUAAUGAAUGUUUCUCGCAACGGUAGCCUUGUGGGAAGGUUAACAGGCAGAGCAGGUCCGUGGGCUUUGGCACGAAUGAAUGCCGCAACACACACAAAUACACACAACCACCAACUCAGAAUAUUACACCAAAUAGAGCACCACAACCAGCUUGGAAAGGAAUACCAAAAAAUCGCGAGGUAAGUUCGGUCAAAGAAACCCCGAUUACCCGCAAACAAGCAAACAAGCCCUAUCACAUGUGUUCAACAACGUCAUUUGCUGGAGCGCCAGUAUGAGUGCGUUUGAAGAAGGUAUUUAUAGGGCGGGAAGAAAACUUAUCAUAAAACAUACACUGAAUCCAUAAGGAAGCAGCAGAGCGAGAAAGCUUCAUUUGUAAAAACACAUCUCCAAUACCCCCCGCAGCAGUGUUAGUGUGUUAGUGCUUUACUUAAAGAAAAGGAUACAAAAAGCAGCCACUCAGAGACACACACACACACUUUUUAGGGAAUUAUGAAAAGGCAUCUCGCUGAUAGCAAAGCGGUGUGAGUGAGUGUUUGUGUGUGAAAGCAAACAGUAUAAGCCGUCAAUCUUAGGGUAAAUCUGCUGCUAAUAAUGCUCACAACAUGACGAGGGAAAUAAGUCACAGCGUUUCGGGCUACUACACUGUACUAGCACAUAAGCUUUUGUACUUGCGGCGUUGGUGGAAAGGGGAAGGGCAGGUACGGUGUGAUAGAUGGAAGCGAAAGCAGGAUGGAAGGAAAUUAGAAAUCAUAUUUUUCAUACUGAGUAGCGCGGCUGAGCUGUGGGGGACACAUACGGGUACAAUGGGUGAAGGAUGCGACGAGGAGGACAGAUGGUGAUGUCCUUUUCUGGCGGACGAAGUGGCUGUUCUCGCUAUCCAUUUGGACGACCUAGGCUGCUGCCUGGGACGGAACGUUCGGUGUCUUUCUCCUAACUUUAAUUACCAAACAUGAGGUUUUCUGUAGCAUACGAGUGCUGAUUGUAGCAGGUUCGUUCGACUCUCGGAGAGGGCCCUCUUUAGUACUAGGAGGAAGAACUCAUCCAGACACCAGCUCAUCAUUAUCAUGAUACACUAGGCUGAUAAGCUUAUCAGCAUGCAGUGCUUCAUUUUUUAGUUUAAAUUAUAAUUCACAAGGUUUUUUGGGGCGCACAAAAUCUAUUCAUUACGACCUCUUCUUUUGUUUACGAUCAGAAGCACAGUAACAGAGCAAGCUGUGAUAUAAAACACGUUCGAUCAAAGUAGCUCCCUCUUGUUUACUAGUCGAAAGACGUUACGCAAAGAGCGUUACCAAGCGUUACGAUCGUGUUUGCCUGGUCGUUAUCCUUCACUCUUUUGCCCGUGUGUGCCGCGCGUGAAGGUGAUAUGCUGGACGAGCAUAUCAGCGUGUUUUUGUACGUGUGCAUAAUGUGCUUGAGCUUUACGGAAUGUGAUUUGAGUAGGUAAGAGGUAUUGCAAGGAGAAAAACAGGUUAGCAGGAUCGGUUUGUUCCUCCUUAAAUGUUUGUGGCUGGUUCGCAAACAGAGGUAGGAAACGAAACGAGAAGGAUCCAAACACAAGAAGAAGAAAAAAACACGUAUGAACGAACUGGAUGGACAGCACAUGAGACAUUAUGAAAUCGGAAGGGAAGCGAUUAAAAUUUGAUUGUGAUCUUUACAUGAACAUAUUUUAUACAUUAUACAUAGCAUACGACCACUCGCACGAGCGGCGAAAGAAAGGUUAGAGUAAUCGAAUUAACCAAAAGAAGAAACGAAACGGAACUGCUUAAUGAAAGGAACUCUAUAUUUCUACCAACACACACACACACAUACACACAAUGGCCGUUUAUCAUAGUCAGAAGAAAGUCAGUCUUUAUUUUGCUCGGAUUGCAUUUUUAAAGUAAUGUUAGCUAAGUUAGUUAGAUCGAUGCUUGUGCUCGUGUGUGUCUUUGUUGGUUUUUUGUUUCUGUACCAUGAUUGUAAAUUGUUUUGCUUAAGUCACAUUAAGGUAAACUAUUUUUUUUAUUCAUAUAGCACGGCCUGGCCUGGCAAACUAUUUACGCAAUACGAAUAUAUCCCCCUUUACGUUAACUAUUUCGUGCGAUGAUUUGUGCGAGACUCUACUAAAUGGGGGGAACAGUAACAGUGUGCGCAGGGAGGCGUAGUGUGUGGAUGUGUGUGUUUUAGAUGAUAAUUUUCAGCUUUGAGUAAAAUACUUAUUCGUGUUUUGUUUUUCGACACUAUGGGGUACUACGACAGUGUGGGAAAAGUAACACGCAUAAAUUACGCACGGUGUCAUUACAUUACAUCUAUACCCACAUUAGGCUCCCAUUAAUACGUAUAUAUAUAUACACACAUGUGUCACAUCCACUAUUACCACCACACAUUAAAUACUAAGAAUAAUCUACGUCAUAAUCGUCGUAACUAUGAAAUAUGGAAAGGAAUAGUAGCAGGACGGUCGCCUAGGGAAGCAAAGGAGAAUGAGCGAGCGAGCGAGAGAGAUGGAAGGAUGUGUUUGUACACGCGAAAACAAUUAGGGUAUAAUAAAGCAAAACACGUAAUUGAA